UAUGAUUUGACGUCAAGAAAGUGGACGUCAUCUUGUAUGAAAAUUCUUUAUUUGAUUAGUUUUGCAAAUUAAACUUGUCUAGUAAUUUUGAUAAGAGUUUGCACCUACGUUGUGACCAAAUUUUAUAUGAUGUGCAUCUAAGAAUUUAUUAGAAUAAUUAAAAGUGAAGUGACGGUGACGCUGUCGCAUUACUGUGUCGGUGAUGUAAUUUAGGUGAUUGGGCGGCUUCCUAGUUGUAGGCCCUACCAUGGAAGAAUCCUCGUUCACUAUUCCAGCUGACGACAAUGGUGAUACUGAGCUCGACCCUAGAAUUCAGGUGGAGCUGGAGAAAUUGAACGCGGCCACAGACGAAAUAAAUAAGUUGGAACUCGAGCUUGAUGAGUCCAUGAAGACAUUUCACCUGUUGUUGAAUGAGACUUCACGUAGACUUCAGGCUUUAACGAAACGUCUGGGGACGUGUGUUGAUAAAUCUCGGCCGUAUCACGACGCGGUGAGCGCGGCUUCAACAGCGAGAUCGGAAUGCCAGCGGGCUGCCGUGCAGUUCCAGAGAGCUAGCGAGUUACAUGCAGCGGCAAAAGAGACGGUGACAUUAGCGGAGCAGCGUUUUGUAAGCAAGCAAGAUGAGUGGCAAUUCGACAGCAACUGGCAGGAAGUGCUCAACCAUGCCAUUAUUAAGGUUAUGGAUGCUGAAAAAAGAAAAGCGGAAAGCGGACGUGAGCACCAGAAAAAAGCGGCCGCUUAUAUUACUGCUGAGCAAAAGGUAACGCAAUUGGAAGAAAGUCUUAAACGGAAUAUUGUAAAAUCAAGAGUUUAUUUUGAGGAGAAAAAAUUAUGUGACGAGCAGUUACAAGCACAAAAUGAGAAGAUAGAGAAGUUACAGCGGCUCAUUGCUGACGCUAAGUUUAGAUACUCAAAAUCCCUCAAAGCUCUCGAGGAGAUAUCUGAAGAAAUACAUCGACGGAGAGGCGAAUACCCACCGGGAAAAGAUACUAUUCCAGUCGGACCCAGAGAACCAGGUGUUGGGGCUGAACGAGACCCUGUACAUGAUGAGACACAAGUGGAAGGAAUCGAAAAAGAUGAAGAAUCAAGUCUUCAAGAACUAAGAAUGCGAGUCAGGGAACUAGCUCUCAAACCAAUAGAUAAAGGGGACGUAGAGACAGAUGAAGCGUGGGCUCAGGAACUGAACGAAACAAUAAAUAAACUAGAUCAGCUACUGAUGAUGAAGGAAACAAACCAGCAGAAAAGAUCCAAAUUCACUGCCAGCACGCCAAGAAAUGCCAGCGCUCCAUCAACUAGCACGAACACGGCACACAAAAAUCACCCACCAAGCGAUACAUGGAAAACAGAAUCAAAUUUAUCGCGUACCAAGUCAAUAAGUCGAGAAGUUAUUUAUGAAAAUUCUAAUCCAAUGAGUAAGACGGAGAAGUCUAAAAGCAUGAUGUCUUUAGAUGUACUGGCAUUAGCUCGAGAUACAACUAUGAUGGAUCGCGAGUCGUAUUUGAAGGCUGUCAUUGAGGAUAAAUCACCGACUGGCACGUAUACGGAGAGCAACUCCGAUAGGAAUGAGAGUCCCGAUGACAUCCUGAUGGUGGAAUGUGACUCGAGCGACUCCAAUCAGAAUCCAGUCAUAAGAAUGACCAGUUCCACGAUAACGGACAGUGACAACAGUUAAAUUUAAAUCCAACAAGUUUGGAGGAAAACGUCGAAUUUAUUUCUAAAAUGUCUGCACUAGAAAUUCGUUUUACAAUGUGUUAUAAAUUUUUGUAAUCAUGUCAAUUUGAAUGUUAGAUUUGAUAUAAAUGAUGAAAAUUAUGAAAAAAAAUUGUAAAAUUCAAUACUGUAUUGAAUAUAGUUAGAAGUGGUUGUGUAAAUUUUUACGUGUUAGCUGUAGUACGUCUUUUGAGCUAUCACACUCCGUCAUUGAACUAGAAUAGUUUAAUUUUUAGGCAGGAUUAAACGCAAGUUAUCAAUUUGAAAAUUAUAUCAAAAGCUACGUAACAUCAUUUGAAUCGUAAUUAAUAAUUUCGUAAUUAUUGGGAAUUUGGAUGCGAUAUCCAAUAUGGAUUUUUCCGUAGAUCACUUCUUAAAUGAUUCAGCGAUUACUUUAUACAAUAGUAAUUUUUUUAAACAUAGUUUUCCUAAAAGCUAUUGAGACUCCAUUUAGCAAACCCUAAUAUCAAGUUUAGGUGUGAUACGAAUAAGGUUUCCAAGAGUCUAAAGAUUCAAACCAUUGAUAUGAUUUCCAAAUUUAUUGUACAACCCUACAAAUUAUUGCCUUGCGGUGAAAACUUGGAGCACAAAUUCAUUUUCAACAGCAAUAUUGUGUCAAAAACAAAAUUUGUGAUUUCUGAGGUGCGUUACUACCUUCUCUCAAUAAUACCAAACACCUACAAAACACCCUUUAUGGUUUCUUAUAUAUACCAUAAAUAUUCUUUUUCUACAGACAUAUUUCGUCUUCUAUUGAAUUAUUAAGAGUUUUCACUUCAAGAAGGCUUAAUAUAUCAUUUAAAAAUUACGCAGACAAGAUUCGCACAUUUGAAUAAAAGGAAAAUAUCUUUAAAGAAAUACUCUCCAAUAUUUUUAACUCCACUCUAUGAAUCUAUUAAAUAUAAUACGAAGUAAACUUAGUUUGUACUUUGCAAUUAUUUUAUUUUCAGACAUGUUUUCUCAAACAUUUUGUACGAUGUGAGAUGAGUCUCUUCUGUGAGAUGGUGUUAAUGAAUUAAUACUUGUCUCCGUCUGAAGAGAGUUUGUUCUGAGAUGACCAUGUCUAAAUAAAGUGUUAUUGUUAUUCUUACUGGCUUAGGCCGUAGCAGUCCACCGAGCGCACUCUAUGAUAAUUAUAAAAUUAGUGAAGUUUUUAAUAGAUGCACUGAAAAUAUAUUUACGCAAUAAUGGUUUCUCUAACAAAUAUAAAACUAUUUGACGAAGAUGUAAUAGGAAGUAAACCACAUUAUUAACAAAAGAUUACAAUGAGGUGUGAGUUUUAACGGUUUUACGAUUUUUAAUCAACGGUAAAUACAUAAAAUAAAUCGAAACUCAAUUAACUUUGCCGCUCUACGAAAUGCCAAAUAUGUGCUUGCAGUGUUGAACUAGCGUAAAGCCAAUGGUCUCUUUUGGCCAUUGACAAUGAUACCGAAUCUUUUAAAAAUAAUAUCGACACUAUAAUAGUACUAAAAAUAUUGCUAUAUCUUUCUAAUGUAUAAGGUUAAGAAGGAUAGCAAGUCUUUGGUAUAAAUCUGAUUACUCACGAAGGCGCCUCUCCAGAUUAAAUUAUCGCCGUGCAUUCAUAUGAAACACUUCUUUACAAUAUAUUUUAGUGUGCAUGAGAUAAAAUGACUAAUGUAAGAAUACAGACAGAUAAAAAAUUAGAUUAUAUUUGUUAAUGUAUGCCGAUAAUUUUAAUCGGCACACGCCUUCGUGAGUGUACAGAUCUGUACAUCUAGUUAAAACAAUUUCUUUAAAAAAAUAGUAUACGGUAAAUCAAAAUCAGCAUUAGGAAAUUCCUUCACAUGUAACUUUUAAAUAACAAUGUGGUUUAGUUUCUGCUUAAAUAUAUAACAACGUGCAAUUAUCUAUGUAUUUAUCAAUAAAAUAUUAUUAUUAUUAUAAUUUUUCGUUGUGAUUAUAUUUGUAUCAAUUUGAAAAUUGGUAUCUAGAAUAUAUUAUCGAAGUUAUAGUGUAACUUCAGAACUUAUUAUGUAAAAAAAAAAAAUCGAACUCGAGGGUGAAUUCGAAGUAUCAUUAACGAUCUUACACGAGAGCGUUCUUUAGAGCAUGUCUAGUUAAACACUGAUUUCUCUUUCUUUCAUCAUAGGUUUGACAUUUUGAAGAAAAAGACAGCAUUGUUUUACGCUUUUAUCUUCUAAAAAUAAUUUCUAGGUAAUGUUGUAUAUGUUUAAUAUAUUGAAACGCUAAAUUACAUCAGUUUGAAAUGAUAAUGAUUAUAUUGAAUGUAGCAUAUCAACAUGUAGGCUAUUCAAAUCGAAGAAGGAAUAAAAGUUAACAAACUUUAAGUUUACGUGUUAAACAACUGAUACAUUAUCCACUACAAACAGUUCUUGAAUAUAAUAUAUCUUUAUUUAUAAUGCAACAUUAUACAAUUUAAUUAGCUUAUUCGCGAACGAAAAAACAUUUCUUUUCGUAAAUAAUUAAUGUCAUAAAAUAUUCUAUCAAGCAAUGAUAUCGCGAGAAUACGAUGUUGUUUACUUGCCUCUUGCGGUUGGAAUUGUCUAUAGUUUGAUAUGAUAUUUAAAGAGACUAACUAAACUGGUUUAUUUGGUCGAAUUCACCCAUAAAACUAUUCAGGGAAUUUAUUUAAAUUGUGCCUUCUUUAAUUUCUAAGCCCGAGUCGAGCACGUAAUGCGGAAGACUGUAAAAUGGUUGAUACUUAUAUAGAAUUAGCAUUUAUUUUGUAUACUAGUUGUAGUUAUAAAAUUAAUUAAUAAUCUGUCAAAAUAUUUAGCGCUAAAACGUGAAGCAAUACAGAAUGUAUUGUUUUUAGGUUGUCUGUAGACAUUUAAUAAUAUUUACUAAAAAAAACGGAACUGGGAUUGUAUUAAAAUAAAAUGUGAUUUUCUAUAAAUAUUUCUGUUAGAAUUAAACCUUAAACGUUAUUAAUUAAUAAACUAACCCAAAAAAAUAACCCUUGACAGGACGAAUAUACAAUCACAUUACAUUAAACACAGUUAUUGUCCCAUUAGUAUUAGCAGCCUGUAAAUUUUCCCACUGCUGGGCUAAAGGCAGAGGAGGCCUUUGAGGAGAAGGUUUGGAGCAUAUUCCACCACUCUGCUCCAAUGCGGGUUGGCGGAAUUAACUCUAUUGUCCUAUAUUUAAUUCCAACUGUAUUGUGCGGUUUGUUUAAUUUUACCAAGUUAUAAUAGUGUUGUAUAAUUUUGUUAUAAUUAUGCAAUGCAUAAUAAACAAAAUGAAAGGUAAAAAUAGAAUAAGGACAUACAAGUCUCGUAUAAUAAUAAUAAAAAAAAACUAUGAAACGCUUUUCACAUUAAAAUUUUUUGAUCUUUAAAAUAUUUGCACCGGCUACACAAGUAUCACUAUUGUAAUGCACUUUUGUGAAAUCAGUUUACGCAGUUAAGUCGCACCAGUCUCAGUUGACGAGGAAAAUUCUUUGGUUGUCAUUCCCAAAAGUUCGGUUGUUGGACAAAUAAUAUAAUAGAAUUAUAACAAUAGCCUAGUUAACAUAUUAGCUAACUUGUUCGUAACUUGUAGAUCACGCGGUCUUGAUUGUGGGCAUGUCCAAACAAAAAUGGGAAAUGGUCUUAUUAAUUGAUACGCUCUUAUAAUCUAUAUAAUUAUAGUUAAGUGUUUCUUUAAAUAUACGUUGAUUAUUUAUAAGCCCAAGGCCCCUAAGGCAAAGGGGACCUAGGCAAUACGUAUAUUCAAAAAAGCUCAGCUAAUACUUAUAUACGUUUAAAAACUUUUUUUCUCAGUACAACACUGCACAGUGGUCUUUAGCCGCCGAGGUGCGUCACUGUUCAUUAGCAGCAUAUGAGACAACAAAGUUUUUAUUUAACGUAUCUUUCCUGUAUGUGUGGAUUUUUUGCAACUUAAUUUUAAAACCAAUAAAACAGAUUGAGUUGAGACUUGGACACCCAUUACUUGCUGGUUACAUUAUAAUUUAGUAUACAUAUAACUAUAUACAGUUCAUUUGAGAACGCAGAGUUAAAAAAUGCUUAUGUAGAAAAACUAUUGACUUAACUGCAUGAAUUGGACUAGGCAAGUUAGUCGUUAGUAGCCGGAUCACAUAUAUAGAUACAGCACAAAAUUUCUGAUUGUACAAAAUGUACUAAAAUUUCUACACGUUAAUAAAUGUUUUUGAUUA